CUAAGUUACAAACCAGGAUAUCGAGGCACACCCUUCGGGAUUGCGGCGCCGGGCAACGAAACUACCGGCAGUCCGCUCCGAGAAUUGCUACGCAACCCCACUCUUGUUGUUGACCUUCCUUUCCUUCCCUCUGUCCCCUUCCUUCCAUCAUUCCUCCCCCCACCCUAUAGAUGGUGCGUCAGCGUCCGCCAAACAAUAUCUCGUCGCCCCGCGCCGAAAAGUCUAGAAUAAACAAGGGGAAACACCGUGCAUGACUAAGAUGAGGGCGCAAGAUAAAUCAAGCAAGAUGCAACCGGUAACGUGAUAAGGAAAUAAGCAACAGAACAAAGGGUUGCAGGAAAGUAAGAGCAGAAGUGAAAGGACAGGGGUUGCCCAAAGACGCACUGUACUGUACCCGUAAAAGGAACAUAUGAAAUAAGAAAGGCAAAAAGGCCGGUAAACUCGCGGAUGGAUCUACCUGAGGGGGGAACCGCACGAUUUAGUUCGCCCAGUAGCUUUGAGCCAAACAUCGCACCACCGGUAUGCAUUGUGCGGCGGUAUUCACACAUACGAGCACAAUACGUACCGGUCCUGCACUGCAGUCCAAGGCGGAGCCGGACGGCAUAAACUAACUGCAAGACAAUCCGCCAGCGAAUUUCGGGAGAUAUCAGGACUCCUCCAGACCGAGGUCCAGCAAAGGCGUAUAUAUAAGCCUUGGCGCCAAUAUGUCGGUAUAUCUUUGGUUGGGAUUGAUAAAAGUUGGAAAGGUGGCAAAUAGAGACAGUUCGGUCCCUCUCGCUCGUAUGAGCACCGGUACCUCGAGCACAUAGCUUACUCGUACAUACAUCUCGGCCGAUUCGUGCACUCCCGAAUGAAAGGAAGGAAAAAGUAACCGUACCCUACCGGUUCUCGUACAGCACUCCGCGUGGAUCGCCACGGUAAUGCUUCGCUUUGGCAAUAUUCGCGCGCCGCGGCCGGUACGGUACCGGCAGUGCAAUAAAGGGAACGACCCAAGGGAAAGGAUGAUACAAAGGAAAAAUCCCUUGGAAUGCGGAAUUCGACAUCUGCACGAGCCCACAAAGAUGCUUUCCUCUCCAAUGAUACCCUCACUUUCUGGGGGGCAAUUCCGCAUGGUUCAUUGAAACCUGAGAUUGCUUGUACCGGUAAUUGAAGCAUUUCUUUAUCGGCAUCGAGGUUCCCAUCCAUGAUACAUCUACCGGUAUCCAUGCAUUGACUAUGUACCGACCCCACAUGCCCGUCUUUCAGCUGUUCACGCACCCCGAGUCCACAGAGAACUCCUUCAUUCUUCCACCGCCACCAUCACCGCCGCGAUAUGUCCUGCGCAACAAUGGCAGAGGUAAGAAGGAAAGAAGGAAUGCAUCAAACAACCCUUGAAGCCAGCCACAACAAGCAAAGAAACAGAAAGGGUCAGAGAAAGAAAGUAAAGAAAGAAAAACGAAAAGAAAGAAAGAAAGGAAAGAAGAAGGAGGAGAGAAAAGAAAAAACCGAGAGAGAGAACCCUCCGCAAAAUAUGUUUAUGAUAUAUCACCCAAAACCAACCCACCGGACAAUGUCCAUGAUCCUGAAACCUCCUUGCCACCCUCCCUCAACUCCCUCGCCCCUCUUCUAAGAUACCCGUUUGUUAUUCCAACUUCCGUGGAGUUGUUAUUUUUUUUCACUUUUUCUUCCCUUUGGAAAAAGGGGGGAGGGGGAAAGAAGAAAGACGUUGCUUAGCUCGAUUGGUCCAGAUCGAACGGCUUCGGGAUGCCUAUGCAAUGGAAUGACCAAGCGGACGCUAGGGUAUGUUUCCCCCCGACCAACCUGGAUCUUUUUGUGGCUGUUUUUUUUGUUUUUGGGUUCUCAUUUCUUCUUUCACGAGAUAACUAUUCGUGUGCUGUAUCCUGUGCAUAGCACAUAGCCUCUGGACUGAUAGAAAAGAGUGAGGGGUGAGAGUUUUUCGCAGAGGGGCAGGUUCAAGGCUGACAUGGCAUCUAUGGUGUGGCGGUUUGUGAUGCAUGGUGCGUGCUUCCUACAGCUAUUCGCCAACGUACUGAAGCAUCACGUUGUCAAACUCGAUUACCAGCAACUGGCUAGAGCCAUGGGAGACAGUUUGUCAUUCUCUCUCCUCCCCUAUCCACCCUAUUGACAGCCCUCGCAGAUGUAACACCAAAAGCAAUAUCCCACCGGAUCGCCAAGAUCAAGGAAAAGGCUCAAGCACACCGCAAUAGAUGGGACCCGUAUGUCAGGCUCGUAGCCUCCCCCAAACGCGUCACCAGUCUGAAGCCUGCACCGAUAGGUAUGCUCAACGAGGAGGGCGACGACGAGGAGGGUAAGGGAUUCAUGUAUCUAAAGAGCGAGGAUGAACAGCCGUUUUCUGCUAACCUUGGAGGCGUGGAUGGAGGAGGGGUGGUGGGUGGCCAGAUACUUAGCAUUGACGAGAGUGGUGGUGGCAAUGUUGGGGAUGCGGUUGUUGCCGCGCCGGAUCAUGGUGAGGGUGGUGAGGGUGGUGAUGGUGGUGAUGGUGAUGAUGGUAGAAAUUAUUUGCUUGGGGUAGAUGGACAGGGGCACUGGCCCGUCCCUGCUAGCGGGUUUGAGGCUUACGGAAUGAACGAGACAGCCAAGGGGAUGGUGGGCAGAGAUGAGGCUAUGAUUCAUCCCUCAUAUGAAGCACCGUCCUCGUACCCUUCUGCGACUAUCGUCGACGAUGAUGAGCUUCCUCAGAAUGGGGAUGAGAGUGGCAGUAGCGGAGAUGGGGGCUUCUGUGACGAAGGAGCAGUUAUCGAGAAUAAUGCUUAA